ACACACACACACACACACACACACACACACACACACACACACACACACACACACACACACCCCUGCCAUGUGCUCGUCACAUUUCGUGAUGAAGGACUGAUGGUGCUUGGCUGAGGGAGCGUUGGCGCCAAACCCGCGUCCACCAACUUUCUCUUCUUCUCUUCCUCUAUCGCGCGGCAAAGCAAGCUCUCUGUACCUGCCUGCGUGGCUUGCUUUUGGUUGGGUUGACUGCGCCGCCGACUGCACUAUCCAUUUCUUGGCCAAUGUGUUGUUUCUUUGAUGUUGGCACGCGGGCAACCAGCUCUUCGCUUCCCCUCUCCGUGUCUCUCUGUCUUUGUCUCUUCCGCACCUGGCGCUUGUUGUUGUUGCAGUUGUUGCACCACUGUUGGCGCGCUGCUACUGCUGCUGUUGCCAGCGUUGCCAUUGUUGCUGCGGGCGCCAGCGCUUCUCUCUCCAUCUCUCUCCAUCUCUCUCCAUCUCUCUCUCUCCUCUUGUCUUGUGCGGUCUAUUCCAAGCACACUCUCUUGCGUGUGCGCAUGUGCAUGAGCGCGCGCUCCUGCGCAUUGAAGGAGACAGCAACCAGUUUCUUCCUUAGCGCCUCUCUGUGGCAGCUACCACGACUCUUCCCCCUGCCUCGUCUGUUCUCAACAGCCUCCUCUUCUUCCUCCUUCCCCCUUCAUUAUCACGGUCCUUUCAAGCACUCACCCUCGUACUGUCUUCCUCUCACCUUCCACCCAGCACGCUCUUGCGUGCUGUCACACGCCCCCGCCCACACGCCCACACGCACGCACACACGAACACGGACACCUUUGUCGCACUGCGGCCUGUGCGCUGCGCCCCUUGCUUGGGGGAUCGCUGCCUUUCGCGCCAGUGUUGGCAGUUUUCCGCCUGUGGCCACGGGGGCAUAUCCACCACGCCUGCUGUGCAUCGGCGGCGCUGUGCGCUGUGUGCGUUGCGUGCGUCCUCGGCACCUUUCCCACUUUUCUUGCAUUGGCAACGAAUUUCACUUCCCGCGCAAACUUUGAGCUGCGCACAAACACACACACACACACAGAGCAUUUGCCUUGCUUGUUGUGCACUUCAUUGUUCAAUUCUUCUUCUCUUCCUCCCUUCCUCCUUUUUUUCAUACGUGCAUGUAUGCAUGGCCCAGCGCCAUCCUUCCUGUUCAUUUUCAUCUGGGCCACUGAUAUCGGGUCGGUUGCUUGAGUGCACCCGUGCUAUCCUCUCUCUCUGUGCACCUGUGGUGCCUGUGUACGUCCCACGCACGCCUCUUCUUCUCCGUGUCUGGUGGUGUCCAUCACUCACCCUUCUUCUCCUCCGCCCUUCUUCUCCUCCACCCAUCUCCCCAGCCCCCUAAGCUUCCGUCUCCUUCCAUCCCCCCUCCCAUCCCCCCUCAGCUUCCGUCUCCGCCACCCACCCGCUCUCCUCCUCCACCACCAGUCUUCUCUCUCCCUUCUCUCCAUCCCCUGCGCGCUAUCCUGCACCAUGCCUCGGACUGCAUCGUCAGUGGUGUGGAAGGACGCGUGCCUGACGACCAACGGCGUUGGGCCCGGUGUUUUGCCCACGCCAACGGUCGAUAGCCCACCGCUUCUCCGCUACCCGGGCUUCACCACCAAGUACCCGCUGCCGGCGUUUUCCUUCGACAAGCUGCAGUCCAUCUCCUACCACGACCGCAUGGCACACGUACAGAAGCGCAUCAACAAGUGGAGGGUUUCCGAGUUCACGGCGGUCGUGUCCCUCUCCGCAUGUGUCUCCAAAGCUGUGAACUCCUGGGCAGCUGUUAAAGCUGCUGGCGAAGACUUUAGCAUGGAGGAUGAGCUGCCGCGAAAACGGGCCAAGAUUCCUGAGUUCAAGAAGGCGUAUUGCACUGGCUGGACUUUUCGCUGGGGCAAGCACGAGAUCUUCAUGACACCUUCGUCGCCGCCACCACCACCCCCAUCUUUGUUGGCUAUGCUGUCCGUCAAGAUCCUGGCACCGCCCGCGUCGUGGAAGUGCGUCUUCUUGGCCUCGCCUCCACCCAAGGAGAGGGCGCUGCCUUUUGUGACAAGCGUGCCGCUGUCACCCCUUCCGUUGCCAGCUGCGACAUCGGCGACGUCUGCUUUUGUCGACGACUUGUGUGCGCGUGUUUCUCCGCGCGGAAAGGGCGUGUUGUUCGCCACGAACAUCGACCUGUGUCAGGCCGUGUUCACUGAGCAGUUGCAGGAGCUGAGCGACGCCCUCCCCGACGAGCUGCACUGGCGCGGCGGCAGCACCAUGCUGGCAGAGCUCGACCCCAUCGAGGGCAUCAACAGCCCGCAGAUGUUCAUUCAUCUCCCGGGCACUUCAAUGACGGCACGCCAGGAGAACAACAACCUGAUGGCAAUCAACAUCAACGUCGGGCCGGGGUCGUGCGUGUGGUACGGCGUUGCUCCGCAGCACGUGGGCCGCGUCAAGUCGCUCUGCAAGAAGAAGGGCAUCGACUUCAAGGAAGCAUGGUGGCCAACACCUGGCGAGCUCGAUAAGGAGAACAUUCCGCUGGUGCGGUUCAUCCAAGGGCCGGGCGAGGCUGUUCUCGUCAACCCAGGCACCCUUCACUGGGUUCGGGCGCUGAGUGCAUGCGUGCAUGUGUCGUGGAACCUUGCGCCGGCCUGCGCGCUGCAGUAUGUGUCGAUGUUUGGUGCGACGUACCACAUCGUUCCGCGCCGCCACCUUGCGCGCUGUGUCUUGUUGCGGGAGCAGAAGCGCCUGCCGCGUGACGCUGCCCUGUGCGCGGCCAUGCUGCGCGUGGUGACGCAGGACCUGGAGGAGCACAGGGCCGUCUGCGCAGACAAGACGCUGGUCGCUGUGGCGUGCGAGCCGAGCAACGCGGCGUGCUUUGUGUGCGGUGGCGACGUGGGCAACGCCUUCUUCACCUCGUCCCCUUCUAAGGUGUUCUGCGUCAAGUGCCGCAACACCAUUGUCGCCCGUGUCCGCACCGCCGCUAGGAGGGCCGGCACAGGCGAGGUGACGGCCGCCCUCAUGCGCAAGACAUGCCGGCGUGCAUUUGGGCGCAGCAAGGACGCUGCCAAUGACGACGAUGACGACCCCACCAACCUACUCAAGGAGGUCAACUACUUCCUGUCGUUGGAUGAGCUGGCGGCGAUUGUUGAGCGCACACGCAAGCGCUUGCGGUCAAAGCGCACGCGUGCAGAGCGUGCCGCAAAGGCUGAAGUUGGCACGGAGCAUAUGGAGACCGUUCGUGAGUGGUUUUCACUCACCAAGCGCCGCCUUAAGCCAACUGCUUGGCCCAUCAAAGGCCGAUCGUGAGGAACGAUGCUGUCUCGUGCCCCUCCCUUGUUUAUCCUUCCUCUUUGUACCGCCACUCUUCUUCAUAGUGUUCAUCUCACAUGCUUGCGCAUAUUGUGUGCUUGUGCUCGUCUCCCUUGGGCGGGUUGAUAGUUGUGGUCUGAGCCUUUCCUUCGUGUGUAUGUCUAGUGUGCGUGUGUGUUUCAAUCGCAGAUAGCUUGUGAGUGCCAUGUUGUUGCUUUGUUCUUGUGCGUUGUUCUGCUCGCCUUGCGGCUGAACCGUGGAGAUUUCCAACUUGCUGACAUUCAUUGGAGUGCUCUAUUUAUGUGCUUUGAAUGAAAAGCUGG